CGUAAGUAUGUCGUUUUUUGAUUUUGUUCCAGUUUCUUUACAAUAUCAAAACACGGAGAAAAUAAAUAUACACAUACAUAAUUUUAUGUUUUGCUGCUGUUUCUUGUUCUUGUUGUUUGGUUUGAUUUAGUUUUGGGCAGAGGGCAAAGAUGGCGCUGGCGUAUCAGCUGAGUUCAAAUUGCGAGAUGGCUGCCAAAUUUUUGAGAAGAUUUUAAUUGAUGCUUGAAUUCUCUGCAAAAUAAUGUUGAUUAGGUCGUUCAUUGCGCUUAAAAGCAAUUUGAGUGCGAUGAAUGACUUGAUGCAAUCCUAAAGCAGCUGCUAGGAUGGGCACCAACAUCUCCCAGUUGGAGAGGGACAUUGGUUCAGAUCAGUUCCCGCCCAAUGAACAUUACUUUGGCCUUGUCAACUUUGGCAAUACUUGUUACUGCAAUUCGGUGCUCCAAGCAUUGUAUUUUUGCAAGCCUUUUCGGGACAAGGUCCUUGAGUACAAGGCACGCAAUAAACGCCCAAAGGAGACUCUACUGACCUGUCUGGCUGACCUCUUUCACAGCAUAGCCACACAGAAGAAAAAGGUUGGGUCAAUAGCGCCAAAAAAGUUCAUCGCUCGUUUGCGGAAAGAAAAAGAGGAGUUUGACAACUACAUGCAGCAAGAUGCACAUGAAUUUUUGAACUUCCUCAUCAAUCACAUAAGUGAAAUCAUUCUUGCCGAGAGAAAUAUUCAGCAGGGUAAAGGGAAAAGCCUAGUUCCUGCUGAAAUGCCCAAUUCCCAACCUGAGCCAACUUGGGUACAUGAAAUAUUCCAAGGUAUUAUGACUAGUGAAACUCGCUGCUUGAACUGUGAAACUGUGAGCAGUAAAGAUGAGCAUUUCUUUGACCUUCAAGUAGACGUAGAACAGAAUACAAAUAUAAAUCACAGUCUUAGAUGUUUUUCCAACACUGAGAUUCUGUGCAGUGAUAACAAAUUCAAAUGUGAUAACUGCCGCAGUUAUCAAGAAGCACAGAAAUGGAUGCGAGUCAAAAAGUUUCCUAUGAUACUAGCUUUGCACCUAAAAAGAUUUAAGUAUGUUGAGCAGUACAACAGGCACAUCAAAGUUUCUCACCGAGUAGUUUUUCCUUUUGAAUUAAGACUCUACGAUAAUACAGUGAGCUACUUAAUUUUUCCUAAUGAUAAAUUGAAAUUUAUUUGGGAAAAAACGCAGAGUGAUGACAUGGCAAACCCUCCAGAGAGGCCGUAUGACCUAGUAGCUGUGGUAAUCCAUUGUGGCAGCGGCCCUAACAGAGGCCACUACAUCAGCAUAGUCAAGAGUCACAGCUUCUGGCUGCUCUUCGAUGAUGACAUGGUUGAUAAAAUCGAUGCAUCCACCAUCGAAGACUUCUACGGUCUCACAUCAGAUAUUCAAAAGUCAUCAGAGACUGGGUACAUUCUUUUCUACCAGUCAAGGGAGUACUCUUCAUAGUGUACAGACUUUUAGGUAAAUACUUCUCAUCUGUGAUUGUGUUAUGGCAACUCUUGAAAAUUGUUUUGUUUUUUUUUUUCAA